UUAUAUAUAUGGAUGUUGCGGGCAGAAGAGAGGUUUGUGUGCCAAAAUUUGCCCCCAAACCCUAAAAAUGGAAUCGAGUUUAGUUGGGAGGGACGUGGAAGAGGGGAGGAAAGAAAGGAGAAGGAACAGGAAACCCUGUGAUCGGAAGAACCAACCUCUCAAAGUUGUGUACAUAUCCAACCCCAUGAGGGUUCAAGCCAGUGCGGCUGAGUUUAGAGGCCUGGUUCAAGAACUCACCGGCCAAGAUGCGCCCAAGUUUCCUCCUUCCGCCUCCUCGGCCUCCGUCCAGACUCCGGAGACUAAUGUUCGAAAGAUACAAGACGACGACGACGACGAACAACUCUUACUUCACUGGGCUGCAAUGGAGGAUUCCAGUGAUGGUUUUCUUGGGGGUUCGUAUGAGAGCUCGGAGGGUAUUUUCAUGAGGGAUAUGGUGGACAAAUUGGCGGCUUGACUUCAAGUACCUUCAUCUCAGGUAAUUGUUUAUUAUCAAGCUUAUGUGAAAGUAAAAGAAUCAUCCACAUAUUAUCCCUUAAAUUACAUAUUUGGUUUUGAUUAUGGUUCAUCUACUUUUGAUUGAGCCUGCAACAAAUUUGGU